ACAAGUGCAUUAAUGAUGCUCGCUCUCUCAAUGCUUCAAGAAAGACCUAUUUGAACUGGACUCAUCAGCGAAAUGAGGAGCUUUUCUUGAUUAACUUCGGAAGAUAUCGCAUGACUCAGUAUUUGUUUUGUGCACUUGAGUCACUUGACUACCAUCAGGUUUUGCCGGUCGGUGAAAGCGAAAUGAAAAACCGUAAAGCUUGCGCAAUUUAGAAGUUUAUCAGUGAGCUCGUUAGUUAGCUCGAGUUGCUAGCCCAGUGUGUUUAAGAAGUCAGCCAGCCAUUUGUCUUAAUAUGUUGCGGGGUAACUAGUUAGCAGGGCCAGCGCAGUUGACGUGGUUUUUGUACCCGACAUGUUUUUGCGAGAGUACGGCGAGUGCGAGGCAGCAAGUCGUUGGACCUCGGAGAAAGUACUUCACUAUGGCUAAACAACAAAAACAGCUGCUCUGUUGAUGUGAGGAAAAAGGUGAGGAGGACAACAUCAGCGACUAUGAGCAGGGCAGAACAACAGGACAGAGUCUUGUCCACAAGCGAAGACUCUCUCCCGUGCCUCCACCACUGUAAAGCUGACCCGCUGAUCCGAAGCCGACCCCUCAGUGAUAUAUACCCAUUCCACAGUCAUGCUGACAGAAGUGCAGUCCCAUGUCUGCUGUCUGGUUGUGUCGCCCAAGUACAGCCGAUGACCGCAGGUCCAGACGAAAACAGAUUAAAUGGCAUCAACUCCUCUGCCUGGACCAACCCUGUUAUAGGUCAACCUGAGGGAAAGCCUUACUCCUCAAGAAUUAUGAAGCUUUUUUCUAACUCGAGGAAGGGCCCUGUCCCUGCUCACAGUCCAACCACUGACAGUACCACCUCAACCCACAGCAGCGACAGCAACAGCGUCCCUCAGUCCUGGUCAGGACUUUCAGGACUGGGUGUUGUGGACUCCUUCAAAAAGCUCCGCUCCUCUGUGCUCCAGGGUAUACAGAGUAGAGGGGCAGUCACCCACGAUGGAGAACAUGACCCAUCAGAUCAGGAAAUGACUAAUGGCACUGGUGUGGCCAACAUUGACCCUGGUCUAGAUGAUGCAGCAAAUCAUUUACAUUUUGCAGAAGGAUAUAGUGUGUCUAAUGGAAAUUUUGCUGGCCAAAAGUUGGCUGUGAUAAGCCGAUGUGGAUCAGAUAUUGAGGACUACGAUGAUGAGGAAACUGAUGAAGGAGAUGGGCUCACGCGGAACACACGAUUGUCAAGGAGUAUUAGGAGAGCGUACGGAGCAGGACGCAUCUCUUUACUCGACACAGGGAACAGGAGACUAGCAGGAAGGAGCACAAAUGAAGCUACGGACAGUCAGAAACCAGAUCAGACAUCCAGGGUCAAUGUCCAAACAAAGAACAUGAAUGACAACACAAAUGUGAAGGUGUUGAGCAGACUGAGCAAAAGUGCAGAAAAUCUUCAUAUAUUUAAGGCCCCUUUUAAACGCAAAGCCCAAUUUCCAGGACCUCCUUCGCUUCAGGAGGAACCCAAGAGGACUAGCACGUCAAGCGAGACACCAAACAUCCAGAGGACAGCCAGCGCCUCCUCAGUGGACCUCCGGGACCAUGCUGUUAGCCGCAGGAAGAGCCCUGUGAUGACCAAGGGGCCGAUGCUAAAGCUAGUAGGCAGCAUGACUGACCUGACUGUCCGACGCAGGCGAAGUCCCUCCCCCAGCCCCAGCUCUCCAUCACCCUUGUCACCCCUGACCCGUCUCCAUGACGACUACUCCCGCCGUGUGCCUUGCCUAACAACCAGUGAGCGACAGCGCCGGCCUUCGCCUGUCAGAGCCCGGGUCAUGUCUGUCGAGCACACCCCUCUGGUUCAUCUACAGCCUGAAUCCGAUGCCAGCCCACAGCAGCACCAGGUCCUUAUCAGCCAGGUUUCUAUGGAGCCCCCAGAGGGAACAGAGCAGACUUCACCUGCUCAUUAUGAAUUACUGACUGUGGCCACAACAAGUAGCUAUAAACAGACAGCAGAAUGUGAUUCAUCUCCUCUCUGCCAGAAAGAACAUUCCCAACAACAACAAGAGACUGAGGUCAACAUGCUACCAAACGAGGCAACAUCAGACCAACAAGGUCCAGAAGCACUCCUCCAAACAGAGGAAGUCUCUCCAACAACCAGCAACACCCCUCUUAUCUCUUCAACAUGCCUUUCGGAGUCACCCACAUCGCCCACCUCACCCACAUCGCACACAUCACCCACAGAUGCAUCCACGGAAAUAGCCUCCAUCAAGCCCAGACGAAGGAGUGGGCGCCCAAGACCUCGGCCCAUCUCUGACUACGGGCAGCUCAUUUCCAGGAAGCACUCCAUUCCUGAGGAAGUGGCCGUAGUGCAUGCUGAAGAAAGGACAGCAAAUACAUCAUUGACUAAAGACUGCAGUGGAAAUGACUCAUGUGGGAAUGGAGAUAUCCCUGAGAACUGCAGCAUAAACAGAGACGUUCAAGGCAUGAGGCAGCGUCCAAUAUCAGUGAUAGGAGCUGUGGAUCUGUUCUCUUCUGAUGCUGAGGAGAAGGACGACCGCCUUCCUUCUCCCCUGUCGCGGCCGCCCAUCCCCUCCCACCAGGUUCCCCCCUACAGAGCAGUGUCUGCCAGGUUUCGCCCCUCCACCCUCUCCCAGAGCACUCCCAUCGGACUGGACCGUGUUGGACGCCGUAAGCUCCACAGAGUGCUGAGUGAUGGUGUGUCUGAGUGCCUGGCGACACUUGAUGACAGCGUGAGUGAGGAGGAGGAGGAGGGCAGCUUUGAUGAGCUCACUGAUUUCACCACCUACCUCCAGCCAGGGGUGGAGCUCUCUGUGCUCAACGAGUGGAUAAGCUCCGGCCACACAGUGUAUGCUGAGGCUCUCUGGGACCAUGUGACCAUGGAGGAGCAGGAGCUGGCCUUCAAGGCGGGAGAUGUUAUCCGUGUCCUGGAAGCCUCGCAUAAGGACUGGUGGUGGGGCAGGGGGGCUGACAAGGAGUCCUGGUUCCCUUCCAGCUUUGUGAGGGUGCGAGUGAACCAGGAGGGCUCGAGUGCAGAAAGUGUGGAGAGUGUAGCGGACCAGGAAGAUCCAACUCCCAGGGACACACACAGCGCUCAGCACAAGGAGCAGAUGAGAACCAAUGUGGUUCAGGAAAUCAUGAAUACUGAACGCAUCUACAUCAAGCACCUAAAAGACAUCUGUGAGGGUUACAUCCGUCAGUGCCGUAAACACCCGGACAUGUUCACUGAGCUGCAGUUGAAGACCAUCUUCAGCAACAUAGAGGACAUCUACAGGUUUCAGAGGCAGUUUAUCAGAGACCUGGAGAAGAAGUACAACAAAGACCAACCACAUCUCAGUGAAAUAGGCUCUUGUUUUCUCUUGCAGGGAGAGGGCUUCUCUAUCUACUCAGACUACUGUAACACUCAUCCAGCAGCCUGUGCUGAGCUGCAGCGCCUCAUGAAGUCGGGCAAAUAUAAGCAUUUCUUUGAGGCCUGCCGGCUCCUCCAGCAGAUGAUCGACAUUUCCAUUGCAGGAUUCUUGCUCACGCCCGUCCAGAAGAUCUGUAAAUACCCCCUGCAGCUGGGUGAACUGCUUAAGUACACCCCCAAAGACCACAGUGACUACAGCGGAGUGAGCAAAGCGUAUGAGGCUAUGAAGAAUGUGGCCAGUCUGAUAAAUGAGAGGAAGAGACGGCAGGAGAGUGUCGACACCAUCGCUCACUGGCAGGUGGCAAUUCUACACUGGGAGGGGCCUGAUGUGCUGGAGCGCAGCUCAGAGCUGAUCCACUCUGGUGAGCUGACUCGAGUCGUCCGACAAGGCAAAAUGCAACAGCGCAGCUUCUUCCUGUUUGACCAUCAGUUGGUCUUCUGUAAAAAAGACAUCCUGCGCAGAGACCUGCUCCACUACCGUGGACAGCUGGAUAUGGACCAGACCGAGGUGGUGGACGUGCCCGACGGGCGGGACCUAGACCUGGGCCUGACCCUGAGGAAUGCUCUGCGCCUACGCAACGCAUCCACUCUGGAGUUUAUGUGUGUGCUGUGCUGCAGGAAGGCCGAGGACAAGCAGAGGUGGUUACAGGCCUUUGCCAAGGAGAGAUGCAGAGUCAAGGAAGACCAAGAGAUGGGAAUGGAGAUCAGUGAAGAGCAAAGAAGACAGGCCAUUGUUAAUGCCAGAAGAGCCAAACAGAAGAAGAGCAAAACCAUUGGUUACUCUGCUUCUGUCCCCCCACACCACCAAAACCUUCACCCCCUUCACCAGCGUCACAUCACCAUUCCAACCAGCGUGCCUCAGCAGCAGGUCUUCUCACUGGCCGAGCCCCCAAAACGAAAGCCUUAUCACCUGUUGUACAGCAUCACCCGCAACGCCUUCUUCAGAAAAUGAGGCUUUGCUCCCUCAUCUUUUUUCUCCCUGUGCAUGCAUAGAGCCACCCAAACUGUCCUGAAGAGUCAAAGAACACUUUUUUCCUGUAUUUUUCUGCCUUUGAAUGUACUGUCAAGUUCUGUUUUUGUGCCUCAUGUGUCUUUCUCUUUGUGUUUGUUUUUGUUGCAUCCUGAAGUCCAGUGCCUACAAUUUGGAAGGGGCAUGACAAAAGUGUUAAAAUACUGACUGUCCAUUUUGUUGGUGUGUUAAAGAUGCUGCUCACUUAAGAGACUCCCACCCCUUUUGUCUUUUUAAUUCCAACUGAAAUAUAUUUUUUUAAAUGUUAAUUAUUACAACAAUGUAUAUUCUGCUUUUACGUUGACAUACAUGGUUUUAGUUUAUUCCACAGAGGCUGGCAUUUUUUGCUGCGAGUCUGUCAACUCUGAGCACAAAACAGCCAGAGAAUAAAUUAACUGACACAGUCACCUACCUUAACACUGUAAAUAAAACUCUUGUACAAACAUA